AUGACUUUAGUUCAACGAUAUGGCAAACCAGAUAUUUUUUUGACAAUGACAUGCAAUCCAAACUGGAAAGAGAUCUCAACUCAAUUGUUACCACAUGAGGAAACCCAAAAUCGACCUGACUUAAUUGCUCGAAUCUUUAGAGCAAAAUUAGAGGAUCUGAAGUAUCAACUAUUCAAACGAGAAAUAUUUGGAAAAAUCUCAGCAUAUGUAUAUGUUAUUGAGCACCAAAAAAGAGGACUUCCAUAUGCCCAUUUCCUAAUUAUAUUGCGUCAAGAUUGGAAAUUAUAUGCACCAGAAUCUUUUGAUGAGAUCGUAUCUGCUGAAUUACCUGACAAAGACAACAACUUACAUCUCUAUACAGCUGUUGUUAAGCAUAUGAUGCAUGGCCCGUGUGAAGUUCUAAAUCCAACAAAUGUAUGCAUGAAAAAAAAUAGUUGUUGCAAAAAUAAUUACCCAAAACAGUUUGUCUCAAACACUGUUGUUGGAAAUGAUUGCUUCCCAAUAUAUAAACGCUGCAACAAUGGAAGAACAGCCAAAAUCAGAGGACAUGAUUUAGAUAAUCGUUGGGUUGUUCCAUAUAACCCUUAUUUACUUGCAAUGUUUGACUGCCAUAUUAAUGUUGAGAUAUGUUCUACAAUAAAAGCUGUCAAGUAUCUCUACAAAUACAUUUAUAAAGGUCAUGAUCGUGUUGCCUUUAAUAUGGUUUCUGAACAAAGCACUCAACAGAUUGAUGAAAUUGAGCGAUUUCAAUCAGCUAGAUGGAUUGCUCCACCAGAGGCUGUGUGGAGAAUAUUUGGGUUUAUUAUCAAUGAGGUUCAUCCAGCAGUCUAUAGCUUACAUUUACAUCUUGAAAAUCAACACCAGGUUACUUUCCGUGCACAUGAAAACUUAACAAAUGUGAUGAACUCUGACUUUUCAGCAAAAUCAAUGCUAACUGAAUUUUUCGCAACAAAUCAAGUUGAUCAUAAUGCCAGAAAAUUGUUGUAUAAAGAAUUUCCUGAAUUUUAUGUUUGGAGCCAACAAUACAAAAUGUGGAUUAUUCGGAAAAAACAAGUUGUGAUAGGUCGAAUUGUUACAGCAAAUCCUUUUGAAGGAGAAAGGUAUUAUCUGCGGAUGUUAUUAAAUCAUAUAAGAGGUCCUUUAUCAUUUGAUCAUCUCAAAACUGUAAAUGGUAUCUUGGCCCCCACAUUUCGUGAAGCUGCAACUAUGUAUGGUUUAUUACAGAGAGAUGACAGUUUAGAAGAAUGCUUAUAUGAAGCCUUUCUUUACCAAAUGCCUUUCAGUUUAAGAAGACUAUUUGCAACAAUUUUGGUUUACUGUAAUCCUACAAAUCCAAGAGAUCUUUGGGAGCGCUUUGAACAAGAUAUGUCUGCUGAUUUUCAAUUAGUUGAAAGUUCUUCAUCAACUGUUAGAACUGAAACUUUACGCUCCAUCUCCACAAUAUUUGAAUCAAUGGGUAGAAACAUCAAUUCGUUCCAUCUCAUCGACCAAAACAUUGAUUUUGAUCAAGAUGAGUUUUUGUUUAGAGAAAUUGAUGAUGAAUUAGCUGUUCCAAUUCCAGAAGAAGAUCUUCAUGCAUCAACACUGCUUAAUUGCGAACAACAAAAUGCUUAUAAUUCUAUCUUACAAAAAUUUUUGUCAAAUGAAGCUGCCAUAUUCUUUAUUGAUGGUCCUGGUGGAACAGGAAAAAUAUUUUUAUACAAAGCACUCCUUGCUACAAUAAGAACAAAGCAAUUAAUUGCUCUUGCAAUUGCUUCAUCUGGAAUAGCUGCAUCAAUCUUACUUGGAGGUCGAACUGCACAUUCACGAUUCAAAAUUCCACUAGAUACCAACAAAAAUCUCACAUGUAGUGUCAGCAAACAAAGUGGACUUGCAAGAUUACUACAAAAAGUAAAGUUGAUCAUAUGGGAUGAAGCUCCUAUGUCAAGAAAAGAAUCUAUAGAAGCAUUGGAUAAAAUGCUAAAGGACAUUAAUGAUUCAAAAUUAUCUUUUGGUGGAAAAGUUAUUGUAUUUGGUGGAGAUUUUCGUCAGAUUCUACCUGUGGUCCCAAAAGGAACAAGACAACAACAGAUUGAUGCUAGCUUAGUUUCUUCCUACUUAUGGCCAAAAUUGACAAAAAAUCGUUUGACUGAAAAUAUGCGUGCAAGAUUAGAUCCAGAAUUUUCAAAAUACAUAUUGGAUUUAGGGAAUGGGUUACCACCAACCACAAUUAAUGAACACGUCAGAAUUCCUGCAGUCAUGUUAAUUCCAUAUGAAAAUGAUGCUGCUUCUUUGGAUCAUUUGGUGGAUACUAUUUUUCAUAAUAUUUCUGAUUAUUCAGCAAAUAUUUCAAGCAUGAUGAAUCGAGCUAUAUUGACACCAAAAAACAGUUAUGUUGAUGAAAUAAACACUUUGUUGAUUCAAAGAUUUCCUGGAGAGUUAAAACAAUAUUACAGUUUUGAUGAAUCAAUCGACGCAUCUGAACAAGCAGUCAUGGAAGAUUUCUUACACACUUUAACACCGAAUGGACUUCCUCCACAUGAAUUAUUGUCGAAACAAAACUGUCCAAUCAUGUUAUUGAGAAACAUCAAUCCUUCAGAAGGACUAUGCAAUGGAACACGACUAAUCUGUCGUAAUUUUGAUCGUAACGUUAUUCAUGCAGAAAUUGCAGUUGGUCAUCACAGUGGCAAAAAGGUUUUUAUUUCAAGAAUUCCAUUUUUACCAAAUCCUGAUGAAAACAGUGGUUUCCCAUUCAAACGAACUCAAUUCCCUGUUAAACUAAGUUUUGCAAUGAGUAUAAACAAGUCACAAGGACAAACAUUAGAUUUUGUUGGGAUAUACUUGCCACAUCUAGUUUUCUCACAUGGACAAUUAUAUGUAGCUUUAUCAAGAGCUAAGACUAUUUCUGCAAUCAAGAUUUUGAUACGACCAAUCUCAACUGAUGAGCCAGAAAAAAACUGCACAAAAAAUAUUGUCUACACAGACUUAUUAACAUUGGCCUCCUCUGAUUGA